GGGCAAAAAAGAAGGUAUCAAAUGCAUUCGACUAAAAGUGACUGAUGUUAUAAUGGCGCGGAAUAGCGACAGUCUUGUAAAAUAUUGAUCAGUUUCCCCAGAAACGAAGACACUUGGCGGCGAAAUAUUUACAGACAGCGGAGAGUGGCAGCAGCCAGGACAGUGCCUGGUCUAAAAGCAGACGUCUCUGGUUUCUGAACUGUUUCUUGCUUUCUAAGUAGAACUUUAUUUCCAAGAAAACUAAGCUCACAGUGGAGAGAACAAUUAAUUCCUUCGUCGGGAAAAAAUGGAAAAGACAAAAUCAGUCUGAUGUGACGUAAAAAAAUGUGUUAUAUUCUAAAACAGGAAUGCAAAACGUGGAGAGAAAACAGUUGAGAGAGUAGAUCUGUAGCCCUCGAGAUCGCCGGUAGUAAACAUGAGGACUUCUAUGUGUGCUGCGUUUCUUCUGUUUGCUCUUGCCGUAGAGCCUGAAACAGUUUCGAGUGACAAUGAUUGCGAACAUGUCCGUCUGGAUGUUGCCCUGGUCGUGGACUCGUCGAGCAGCGUCACCCGAGCAAACUUCAAGAAGACCGUGCGCUUUAUAGACGCCAUUCUCCGGCAGCUGCCCAUUGGACCUGAUGACGUAAGAGUGGCCAUCAUACGCUUCUCCCAUGGCUCUGACGUCAUGACCUAUUUUAAUGACGACAUGGACAAGGAUUCUAAACGCAAAGCCAUAAGGAAAAUGAGAUUUAACGGGGGUACUACAGCCACAGACAAAGCUAUCAAAGACUUGAGAGAGAAAGUCUUAGACAGUUCUCACGGGAACAGAGAAAACGUUCCUGACCUCGUAGUGCUGAUCACAGACGGAGCCUCCAAUAAUAUGACUGCUACUGUGAUUGAGGCCAACAUCUUGAAACAAAGGCCCGACCUAAGGAUCGUGACCCUGGGCAUUGGUGACCAGGUGGACAGAGCAGAGCUCCGCGUACUGGCCUCGAGUGACCGCGAGAUGUACGAGGCCCGCUCCUUUAAGAAAGUCAGGUCUUUCGUGGAGAAGAUUCUUCAAUGGGCGUGCUUGGCAGAAUACCGUGUACCGCCAGAGAAGAGGACCCGGGCCACUCACAGGGCCACAUCCACCACAGCGGCACACAGAGAAACCACCUCCACAACAAUGAAGGCUCCAGAAAAAGAGACCAGGUGCCUCUUAGAGCUGAAUGAGUUCAGGAAGAUAAUGGUGGAGUACCUCCCGGACGCCCGGAGAAAUCGGAGCAGGGGAACGAGCCAUUAA